UCCAGCACCACUGCUUCUGUUGUUUUCUUUUGACUGGAUUCACUUCGAUUCUCUGUUUGAUUCCCUCUGGAUUCGGAAACGAUGUUCGAACCCGCAGCUCGGAUCCGGCCGGUCAGAUGAGGUUGAGGAUGAAGGUGUGAGGAUGAGGAUGGUGGCGGCGGUGAGGAUGAUGAGGUCGAGACUGAGGAUGGUGCUCGUGUGCCCGGGCUCGGUGUGGACGGUGUGGUCGGUGUUGCUCUGCCUCCUGCUCGGCGUUUCGGCCAAGGACACGGCCUUCGUGGAGGUGGUGCUGUUCGAGUCGAGUCCGAGCGGGGAUUACACCACCUACAGCACCGGGCUGCAGGGCCGCUUCUCCCGCGCCGGGGCCACCAGCAGCGCCGAGGGGGAGAUCGUGCAGAUGCACCCGCUGGGACUGUGUAAUAAUAACGACGAGGAGGACCUGUACGAGUACGGAUGGGUGGGCGUGGUCAAACUGGAACAACCCGAACUGGACCCCAGCUGCCUCACCGUACUGGGAAAGGCGAAGAGGGCGGUGCAGAGAGGAGCUACAGCCGUCAUCUUUGAUGUGUCCGAAAAUCCAGAUGCCAUCGAUCAGUUGAACCAGCUUUCGGAGGACCCCCUGAAGAGGCCGGUGGUCUACGUCAAAGGAGCCGACGCCGUUAAACUGAUGAACAUCGUGAACAAACAGAAAGUGGCGCGAGCGCGGAUCCAGCAUCGACCGCCCAGACCCACCGAAUAUUUUGACAUGGGGAUUUUCCUGGCGUUUUUCGUGGUGGUGUCUCUGGUGUGUCUCAUCCUUCUCAUCAAGAUCAAACUCAAGCAGAGACGCAGCCAGAGCUCGAUGAACCGGAUGGCGAUCCAGGCUCUGGAGAAAAUGGAGACCCGGAAGUUUAAAGCGAAGGUGAAAGGUCAGCGUGAGAGCAGUUGCAGUGCGCUAGAUUCCCUGAGCAGCAGCUCCACGUCGGACUGCGCCAUCUGUCUGGAGAAAUACACGGACGGGGAGGAGUUGAGGGUGAUCCCUUGUGCUCAUCGCUUCCAUAAGAAAUGCGUGGACCCUUGGCUUCUCCAGCAUCACACUUGUCCACACUGCCGACACAACAUCAUCGAGCAAAAAAAAGGUGCCCUUGGCUCAGUGUGCAUGGACCCGGGUAACCCAGUCCUCCACGGUCGACAGCAGAGGGUCGUCCUGCCCGUCCACUACCCAGGCAGGGUGCACCGGGCCGGCCAGGUGACCGCCUUCCCCACACGGACCAGCAUGGACCCUCACGGCAACCCCAUCACCGUGUUAACGGUGGACCAGCACCCGGAUCCCAACCUGUUCCCCCAGCAGUCCAAUUUCAUCCGGAGUUACCACGGAGUGAACCCUCACCACUCCUGCGCCCUGGACCACCGGGCGCUGGGUUACCCCCAGGCGCACGCCUUCAAGCGGCCGAAAUUCCCUCGCAGCUUCUCGCGCGCCGCCUGUUUCUCGCAGUACGAGACCAUGUACCAGCACUACUACUUCCAGGGCCUGACCUUCCCGCAGCAGGACGGCCAGCCUGGUACCGCGCCCCACGAGGGCCACCACCCCAGAUCCUUCCAGCCCGGGCUUCUGUACCCGACGCUGGUGCACAUGGCUGCCCCGCCCUCCCACGGACUGGUGGACGCCGGGAGCGCUUCGGGACUCGGGUGCUACCACGGGCACCGCUCGGUGUGUAGCGGGUACCUGGCCGAUUGUCCCGGGAGCGACAGCAGCAGCAGUAGUAGCAGUUCGGGGCGAUGCCACUGCUCCUCCAGCGACUCCAUGCUGGACUGUACGGAGGUGAGCAACCAGGGCGUCUACGGGAGCUGCUCCACCUUUCGGAGCUCGUUGAGCAGCGAUUACGACCCGUACAUCUACAGGAGCAAAAGUCCCUGCCGCGGUCUGGCCGGGGAGUCCGCCUCAGGGUUCCCGGGCACGCCGUUCGUCGGCGACGAUAUCUUGGCGCCUAUUUCCGGAGGUCCGGACUGUCUCCAGCCUCCUCCGGGACUGUGCUACAAGUCCGGGGACCAGCUGUCAAACUGUAGCAUGGAGCCCAACUGUAGCAGCCACUCGUCACUGGAGAACAGGGACGUCUCUAGCACUACCUCAGCCGUGGCCCUCGAGGGCCCUGCCGAUCACUGUGGGGAGCCGGGGGCGGCGUGUAGCUGCUGUUUCGAGGUUCCUCUGCGGAACCUGGAGCACAAAGAACAGGACAAGGGGGACAGGGCGAGGGGCGGGCGGUGCAGACAAGCUCCCAGAUCGCAGAACGUCCCCGUCGCGUCUGCGCAGAACUAUUUUAGCGCUAACAGCGAGCAGAUUUUGCCCGCCGAGCGCGCCGGGUACGACGGGCUGCCCUGCUGCUUUUACACCGAGAUGAAGGUCCACCGAGGGACCGUCGGACGCUACGCCGAGGACUUUUCCGUUAACGUACACUACGCCCAGGCGGACAGCGAGGGCUGCUCGGGACAGGGCUGCUGCGAACUCGCUCAGCGAAUACCCAUCAUUCCCGAGGACGCCGACUGCGAAUUAGGGCUCGGUACGGAACCGCGGACGAGCCCUUUCGCCCCUCGGACGACGGAACACGAGGACAGGACUUCCACGGACCCUAAUCAGGGAUUCUUCAUGACGGGACCGUGUAGAGCUCAGACUCGCCCACAGCAACAGGACGAGGAAGCAAGAGCGGCGUUUUCAGUGCAGAACGAAACUAGGAAAUGUUCAGCCGAGGGUUCGGGGUCGUGAGGACAAAGCGCAGAUUUAUUACGACCCUCUCCUCGUGUUGGAGAAUUUUUAAUUUUCUCGUUAGACCAUGUACUUACCUGAAGGGUUUGAGUUUGAGCUUUUGAUGUUUUAUUUUCUGGGUUGACGUGUGGUUUCAGUUAGUCAGAAUUCAUCUCCAUUCCCGCGGCCGUCAGGAUCUCGGUCACAUCGGCGCAUCAACGCAAGAACGGGUUUCCACCUCCACGUGGCAAACGGCUCCAAAUUUUUUUAUUUAUUCAUUUUCUCCCCCUAGCGCGUCCAGUUACCCGAUUGCGUCAUGCUUCCUCUCCACCAAUGCCGAUCCCCGCCCUGAUUGAGGAGAACGAAGCUAACCCACGCCCCCUCCGACACGUGGGCAGCAGCCGUAUGCAUCUUAUCACCUACACUUUGACGAGUGCAGUGCAGCUCAGCGUUGUGUACGGAGAGACACACCCUGACAGCACUCUUUCCUCAUCUCUGUGCAGCAGAGGUCGUAAUUGCCCCGGUCAUGAGAGAGAGACCCCAUCCGGCUUAGUCCCGCCCAUAUCUGAACAACAGGACAAUCGUUGUUCAUGUGGCCGCUCAGCCUUAGCCGGUAGGCAGAGACGAGACUCGAUACGAUGUAUUUGAGAUCCCAGCUCUGGUUCCAGCGUGUGUUUUUACCGCUGCGCCACCUGAGUGGCAAACGGCUCCAAAUUUAACUGAAGGAUUUUUUUUUACUGCGAACAUGAUAAAUUUGAUCAUUUCUUAAACUCUGUGGCCUAGAAAUAUUAAAAUCUUGUGACUCUGCCGGAGUACGUUAUCGUACCGCUGAUACUGCCCUUAUAGCCCUGGUAGCCUUCAAAUAAAUAUCACAAUUGUUUUUUAGGACAGAUUGUUAUAAAGCCUUUUGGUUUGAUUAGUGAAUUAUACACUUAAGACAGGGGUGUCCAAACGAGGUAUUUUAGAUAUAAAAUUGAAGUUAGCCGCCUAUUAAGUAUUUAAAAAUGAAGUUCCUAGUUUGAACGCUGGGGUCGCUAUUGCAUUAAAAUUAAAGUUACGCCUACAUUAAGGUUCCUGAUCUUUUAAAUAUAUGUGGGUUCCUCAAAGAAAUUAAACAUAUACACUCAUGCACUCACUUUCUUAACCACUUAUCCAGUUAGGGUCUCGGGGGGUCUCUUAGCCUAUCCCAGCUUUUCAAUGGGCACAAGGCACACGGUAACACCCUGAACAGGGCGCCAGUCCAUCGCAGGGCACACACACACACAUUCACACAAUCACCUAUAGGGCAAUUCAGUGUCUUCAAUUAACCUGACUGCAUGUUUUUGGACUGUGGGAGGAAACCGGAGCUCCCGGAGGAAACCCACGCAGACACGAGGAGAACAUGCAAACUCCACACAGAAAGGACCUGACCCAGAUGAGGGUACAAUCCAAAAAUACAUGUUGGGAUUUGGAGCCCCCCUGUGGUGUAAAAGCGUCACUGCAAGCAGCGUUCAGAAACCUCCAGCGUUUAAAUUUUAGUGUCUAAUAAUGUUCAGUUUAUUUAAAAAGCUCCUUAUUAAGGAAUGUAUAUUUUUGCAGAGUCUAGAGGGAAGUGAGUGUUUAAUUUAAAGAAUAUAAUAAUCUACGUAUUGGGAUUUUAAACUGGUGAGUGAGAUUACAUGACACUGUCAUUUAUAGAUUAUUAGUUACUCAAAUAUAAACAAAGUGUAACUGUUAGUAAUCAAGUAAACCUGUUAGAUUUUUAUUACACAGAAUUUGUGGCCCCUGUUUGCAUUUUUUACCCUAUUCGCCCCCCAAAAAAUUAAAGUUUGGACACCCCUGGUUCAGGAGGAACGCCUGACUUCAUAGAUGAGGAUACAAUCCAAUAAUACAUGUUGGGAUCUGGAGCCCCCAUGUGGUACAAAAGCGUCACUGCAAGCAACGUUCAGAAACCUCCAGCGCUUCAAUUUUAGUGUCUAGUAACGUCCAGUUUAUUUAAAAAGCUCCUUAUUAAGCAUAAAACUCAUAUUAUAAGGGUUCCAGUUUGGUUCUAAGUGGACAAACAUUGUUUCUGUAUUCAUGCCACUUUAAUUGGAAUAGAAAGUUAACUUAAUAAACUGCUGCUUAUAUUAUAAUAAUAAUGAUAAUAAUAAUAACAUAUGAGCAUCAACUGUGGAUGAAAUCUUUAUAAGGGCACAAAAGCUUCCACUUUAUAUGAUACGGUGUGAUUAUACAUAGUGCAGCACUAUGGGUUUGAUCUUUCUGUGUGGAGUUUGCAUGUUCUCCUCGAGUCCAUGUGGGUUUCCUCCUACAUUCCAAAUAUUGCACAACAUUGCAAUAAUAUAUAUAUUUAUAUACACACACAAUAAUAUAUUAUAAAUACAUCAGUAUAUUGUGUAUUCCAAUCAUGUUAAUAUUGCAGUCAUGACAAUUGGAUUAGUGUGAAUGUGUGUGUGUGUCCUGUCAUGUACUGGGUCUGGGACCCUAUUCAGGAUCGUGGUGGGUACAAUUCACCAGGCAAAUGGUGAAUUUCACACCUAGGUCAAUUUUUAUAGCUCCGAUUAACCUGACUGCAUGUCUUUGGACUGUGGGAGGAAAACGGAGCACUUGGAGGAAACGCAUGCAGACACGGGGAGAACAUGCCAACUCAACACAGAAAGGAAUCGAACCCAGACAGGCGACAGUGCUACACACUGAGCCACUGUGCCAUCCCCCAACAUACUGAUAUAAAAAUCAUGAGUUUUGUGUAACAUUAAGAUCCGUCAGUGAUCCCAUCAGCUGUUGAAGUGGCUGGAAUGUUUUAGAACUGUGAUACCUCCUUCCCUUUCCAAAACUGUAAUAAUUCUGAUAAAAAAAUGAUCUGGAUGUUAUUUAAUACAUCUUAUUACAGACAGGUCGCUCAGAUCUCAAAUUUGGUAAUUUUAUGCAUCUUUUAUAUUGUGUUUUUUCUUCUGUAAUCCCUCAGUAACACAAACUCACUGAACAUCCCAAAAUAUAACAGAUUAAUGAGAUUUAUUUUUUAAUUAUGUGGUUUGUUUUUAAUAAGGUCACACCCUCUUAUAUAAAUAAAUAAAACUAUAUAUAUAUUUUUUUUUAAACAACCCCAGACUCACAAAUUACAGCGUGAACGUUGAUUUCUAGGUGAAUAGAAAAGUGCUGUAACACAAAUUACAUGUCACGUCGCCCUUUAUAAAGCUCUCCGGCGUUUUCCGGGUCUCUGAGUCUCUAUUUAAAGUCUGUAGCACUUAAAGAAGAUUGUAUAAAAGAACAGAUGUACAAAAAAAGUCGUAUUUUUAUGGACAGGUUUAUAUAUUUUUUGUACAGAAGCUCUAAUCGUCUCGGAGCCGAAGCCCUGAACAGCAGCGGCGCGUUUCAGAAAUGGAAUUAUGUUCUCUGGAUAUUUAUUAUUAAUAUAUUUAUCUGUAAGCCAUGUGUAACGUCGCCAGUGUCUGAAGCAGAACCGAGCGCUCUGUCCUUUUACUUUUCUCAGAUCACUAAUAUGAAACGUGGUGUUGUUUGUAAAUACAUGGUAAUUGCACAUGAGAUGAUUAAAUAUUCUGACCAAAAAAACUGCUUUUAAGAUUUUUAGUACUCUAUACAGUUUUGUAACAAAGUGUACAAAGAUUUGACAAAUUAUAUGGUUUUAUUCACCUCA